GUUAACCCGCAACGAUUAACAUCGUCCUAUCAAAAGUGGGUUCAUCUAUCUUAACCAUCCACUGUGUCCGAAUUAACACUUAUCAACCAAUCAGAUUUUUUCUAUCAAGAGUGAAGCUAAAUUUUGACGACAAAUAAUGACAACAGUGUUUCUGAUUUGUUUUAGUGGGAUUUAUCCAUUUAUUAAUCUUAUCUCAUUAGAGAAACCUUGCUUGGCUUACUUGUUAUCAACUGCUAGUCUCUGUGACAGUUAAUUCUUUCUUGUCAGGAUACAACAAGACAACGCUUAUCAUUGCAGAAAUUAUUAAUAUGUUUGUUAUAUCAGUUCGUUAUCAGCAUCACCACUGACAACAGAAGUAUCCACUAUACAGCUUUAUACUAAAGAUAAAAUUGAAAAGUAGAAAAACUAAUAUUGCCUGUAGUUAUCAAACAAGUAUUUAAGUAAGAAUAUCUGCACUGAAUUUAGUCAUUAUUUAUUUUAAGAUGAUGGAAAUUAUGCUGCUCUUUCGGAUAAUUGCUUUGGUGACACUUUCCAACCACAUCGUUCACGUGACUCCCACUGAUCUAAUAUUACAUUCCGAUUUGAAUAAAAAAAACUCUGUGGAAGAAAAAGAUUCCAAUGUGAAAGUCAUCUAUGAAGCGACAAGAUCUGUAUGCUAUACUAAAGGUCAGGCUGUGGAAUGCUCUCCACCGUUUACAAAUAUAGCUGAAAAUUCUGAAAUUAAAGCAACAUCAACAUGUGGCGAACAUGGUCAGCCGGAACAGGUUUGCCGAUAUACUAUGGGGAACACAAAGUGUGAAGUAUGCAAUACAGCUGACAAGUUUGGUACUCAUUUAUUAACUGAUAGACACCAAAUGAAUAAUGAAACCUGUUGGAUUUCAGGAUCUGUCCAGCCUGGAAAUACAGUUAACUUGACUUUAUCUUUAGGGAAGCGUUUUGAAGUGUACUAUAUUUCUUUGCAACCAUGUGGCCAGUUACCGGACUCCAUUGCGUUGUAUAAGUCGUCUGAUUUUGGUGUGACUUGGAGACCAUGGCAGUAUUUUUCAACAGAUUGUUAUCGAGCCUUUCGUUUGCCUACCAGUAAUGAGCACAAUGCACAAAUAUCUCUAGCGAAUAUACAAGAAGUUUUAUGUGUAGCACUGAAAUCUUCAGAAAUACAUGAUUCCUCGGGACAGUCAUCAAAUGUUAUCGUAUUCAGUACAACUAUUGGACGUCCAUCAACACAACCGUGGAGUUCAGCUUUAAUCGAUUGGAUGACAAUGACUGACUUAAGAAUUAGUCUGAUGAGAUUUCCAGAUCAUAGAGACGAUAUUCAGCACGAUUCAAACGGUUUGUUCCUUAACCCUAGUAUGCUGAAGCCAUCCAAAAUGUUCCAUGUUGGUGGCGGUGUUGGUAAUGGUGGCAGCUAUGGUGGCCUUAAUAUCAAUCAUAUUUUAUCUGAAACAGGCACUCUGGAUAUGUCACAACAUCGAUAUCAAUCUGAUCAACAUUACUCAAAAUUGCCCAGCGGUAAAACAGGUGUUCACUUCGCUUUUUCUGAUCUGUCAGUUGGUGGACGAUGCAAGUGUAAUGGACAUUCUAAUCGUUGUGUAAGAGAUAAAAUUACUGACACAACAUCUUCAGCAGCCAAUAAUAAAGACAAUAAUGGUCAAGUAAAAUCACACUGGGGUCCACUUAGGUGUGACUGUCAUCAUAAUACUGAAGGGACAGAUUGUGAACGCUGUUCACCUGGGUACCUUGAUAGACCAUGGGCAAGAGGUACUUCUGAGUCAGCUAAUGAGUGUAAACGAUGUGAUUGCAAUUUGCAUUCAAAUUCGUGUAUUUUUUCAAAUCAGUUAUAUUUGAUGUCGAUGAAAGUAAGCGGUGGUGUGUGUCAAGACUGUCAGCAUAAUACGGUAGGGCGAAGGUGUCAUAAUUGCGCGACAGGUUAUUAUAGGGACUGGACAAAACCUGUUAGUCACGACCAAGUCUGUCUAGAAUGUCGGUGUCAUCCAAUCGGAUCAGUUCCUAAUCAACACUGUGAUCGUAAAACUGGUCAGUGUCCGUGUAAACCAGGAGUUAUUGGACAAGCUUGCAAUCGUUGUCAAGAUGGUUAUAAACAAACACGUCUUCAUGAUGCACCGUGUAUUAAAGCCACUGAACACUAUGCAUAUCGAAGGAAGGAGAGUGACCAAACUUCUCUUCCUGUUAAAUCUGAACAAAUGAAACCAGAACCAAGUCCCAAAUGUCCUUCAUGUGAGAAAAGUAAAAAGAGAAUACGGUUUAAGAAGUUUUGUCGUUGUGAAGCGGGUAAGUUUUGUUUCAGUUAUCAUUGUAGUUGUCAUUUAUUCAGAUCUGGAUUCCAUUUGGUACGUUUCCAUAUUUAUUUCUCAGUAGAUUAACUAAAGCACUACAUGAAGUCAUACACCACUACUUGAUAAAAUGGGAUAAAGUGACAGUCAGAAAUUUAAUGUAAUAGGGCAAAAGGACUGACUGGCUAAUGAAGUUUUCCUUAUCAAAUUAAAUGCAAUAGAGAUAAUUCAGCUCAUGUCCUGAAUAUAUGAAAAAUUCUGCCGCCCUUGAGACUACCGGGAACAAUGAAAGAAAACUGUAGAAAUCAAAUUUUCAAAUUGUGUGGAUACAGUUGAUAGUAUUAUGAACUAUACAUUGUGUCCGAAAGGUCAUUCAGUAAAUAAUACUGUUUCACUGUGUGAUACGGAACAGCCAAAAGUGUUUUCAGUCCCAGUAUGCAAGAACUAAGCGAUUAAAUUCUUGAAAAAUGUACUAAUUAGAAAAACUAGUGGAUGUUGAGGUGCUGUUCAUGAUCUUCAGUGUACUAGCUUGUUAAGCAAAAGGGAAAAUCACUUCAUCCAACAGACAAGUCCACUGAUGGUUGUGAUUUCUACGGAAUUGUGUAAGUCCUCAUUGGGGUAACAGAUGUUGUAACACAACUUAUCAGUUUAAAAAUUUACCUUCGUAUUUUAUCAUGGCACACUAAACCAAAAAUAUUCCUUUAUAUCAUCCCGAAAUCCAUUCAAGUGUUGUAUGAAGUUUUCUCUUGUGUGUGAUAUUCUGACACUUUGCAAAUGGAUUUAUAGGUGCCUACUAAGCCCAGUGACCCUCUGAGUUAUGCACCUAUCAACGUUACUUCAUAACUACACUUAUAUGACUCUACCUUUAAUAAAUCAUUCAUUAAUACAUCAAUAACAUAGUUUACAAAACAUCAUUACUCCACUACAACCUAGGAGUAGGAUUAAUAGUUCUAAGAACUAAGAACUGUUCAUAAAUAUCUCUGCUACUAUUGGAGAUAUUGGUGAUCAUACUGCCAACCCAUUCUUGUGUUGAUAUAGUUUGUUUUGAAAUUCGAGUACAGUGGAGGUUAGAAAUAAUUGAACACCUAAUGUAAUUUCAUCAGCCGAAAGCUUAGUCCUUCUUUUGAGUUUAGGAUCCAUGUUCAUUUCAUUCCCGACUGCCUCCAGAGCUGUAUUAGUAAGAAUUUUAGUAUAUAGACUGGUUAUAUCAAAACUAAUAAUUUUUUCAUUUUUCCCUAGCUUCUGUUUCAUUACGUAGGAGCUAUUUAGCCUAGAAUUUAACCUAUCUGUAAUGGUGCAUAAUGUUGACGCUAACUAAUAAUAAUAAUUUGACUGAAUUUUACCGAACAGUCUACAGAUCUUGAUAGUCGACAGUGUGGCUGGGUGAGUAAUACUCACGAGAACUGAGGUAGUGAUGCAAGCCUCAGUGAAAUUGAUAUUUUAAGGGGUCGAAAAUAUAUGGUUAUCAGCGUAUAAGUUGUGUGUUAUAUUUAACAGGUGAAUAAACUGACAUUCUACAGAACCUAGGUAUUAUAACCAAAUAUCUUUUAAAAGAAACUAAGCAAUUUAUCGAAAAUAGUAAAGAGACCAGGUUACAUGCGUAAGUUUGCAUUGGUGUUCACUAUGACAGAAUUAUUUCACCGUAAAAUAGUGAGAAAUUCCCAAAAGUUUUAAAAUACAAUCAAUUAACACAUUCCUUUUCUAAACAAAAUAGUGUUUCGUGGUAUUAUCAAAUCCCGUGAAAUUCACGGAGAUUUAAUGCGUCUUGAAGUUGGAAUUCAAAACACUUGGCGUAUAAUUGGAGCAGCAGAGCACUUAUUACCGAAAACCGCCUCCCCAAAUCUACCAGCCUAUCGUGUUUGGGUAAGGCUUAAAACUAAUCCUACAGAUAAACGUCAUACACGUUGUGCAUGUCCAAAUCUUCAAGUUGGUCAAUCAUACCUGUUCAUAACACGUUCACACCAGAUUCCAUACGGUGAUCGAAUGGAAUUACUACUAGAUACUCACAGUGUAAUAUUACCAUGGCGUGAAUCAUGGAGAAGACGGUUGAUGAAAUUUGUGCGUCGUGCUGCCCGGGAAUCAUGUGACACCAAUAAUGUUGAUAAUAAUGAAGAGUUGAAAAGGACUCGUCGAGUACAAAGGUUACGUUUGGCGACAGACUAUUAUGGGUUGAAUAACCCGCUGGGCCAGCAAAAUCGCAUAAAAUCUCCUUCUAUGCCUUAUCAGCCAGAAAAGAUGAGGUCAUCCACAAAAAUUCUAUCCAGUGUCAGGCCUAUCAAACAACCAUCAGCUUCUAACCUACAUAAUUCUAGAGAUGCUAAUGUAUAUUACCCAUCUGACAAGGAUGCCUCACAUCAUGCAGCUUAUCAAAAUAUCUUUUCAUCCUUCUAUUCAAAUCAAUAAAUUCAGGUCAAAAAGUCAAAGUGAAAUAUUAUUUUAUUGGUACAAAAUACUAAUGGUAGAAGUUGACUUUAAAUUUGCAGUCAUUUAUGUACAAACAAAUGAAAGACUGUUUACAAUUACAUACUUAUCACAUUGAGAAAGCAUCAAACUGUGGAGGUUUUCUAAAACAAAAUGUCUAAUGACACUUGAACAACUACUUACUAUCAGUGAAAAGAUACAUGUAGUUUAUUUCCGAAUGAGGAUUAAUCAGUUAAUUAUUAUUAAUAAUAAUAGUAAUAAUAACACGUUAUACAAUUUUUUGUUAUUCUGACAACAAAUUUGUGAGGAACGUAUUUUAAUGAAGUAUCGUUCCUAUUCAUAAAACGUAUAAAUUUCUUCUGAAAGUAAAUUGAACACACACGCACAUACAGAGAGCAAGUGCACACUGACAGAAAUUGUCAUUUAUUAUUCAUGGACUGUCCAUGUUUUUUUGUUUUAGUAAUACAUUUAUGAUGACAUUCGUUAUUACAUUAUUUAUCGUCAUCAUAAUAAUUACUUCAUUGUUUUCCUUUUCGAUGGGAAUUAAAGUUAAUGUUAUUACAACAUUGACGCAGUACAUACAAAUAGCUGUUUAAAUACACGACAUUUAUUCAAUCAGUGAAUAUGAAGUAUUGAAAUGAAAUAAUCUAGAUUGUUUUGUAAAUUUUAACAUAGCAAAUAUCAAUGCAUUUACAUUUAAAGUUUACUACUACCUCAUAUGCGACAUUAUUCCCUUACAUAGUCUGUCUUGAUACACAUUUCUCAUUUCCAAUUCUCUCAUUUCUUCGUUAAUUAACUUAGCCAAAUUAUGUGUUAAAAAUGAAUUAUUACAGUGCUUGCUGCAAACCACACUGGAAACAGACAUGCAUUUAAUACUGAGAAUAUUCUGUUCCACCUAACUACAUAAAGGUUUAUUGUUUAAACCUGUCUUUAAAAUUUAUACUUUUUCUCUUAAUUACAGCAUGACAAAAUACCCUGCGUUAAUAUAAAUACGUAAUUUUCAAACUUAUCUACAUAAAUUGAAAAAGUGUUUAUCAGUAAGAAAUAAGUUAUUGGGAAUAUCAACGACCAGUAUUAAUGAACAAUAAAGUGAUUUCAGUGAAGUGAAAUUCAAAACGCGUAUCAAUGAAGACAAUAGCUAUGCCUAACAGGUCUAAGUAGUUGAUUUAGUCACUGAUUCUAUAGAAUGAAUGACGGAUGAUUUCUCAGUCAUUUUUUAUAGUCAAAGCUCAAAAGUUACAAAAACAGGUUGCAAAAUAUUUGCAGAAAUUAAUAUAAAAUGCU